UUUACAGUGAUAUUUAUUUAUUUUUAUUUAGAAAAUUGUUACCAUGGCAAUUAAUAAAUGCUCUCUAUUUUAUUUAACUUAUCGACAAUUUACAAUAAGUAGAAAAAUAAAUACGCUUAGUGAUUUAAAAAAUAAAUUGAGUCCGGAUGUGAUACUGAGUGAGGAAUAUAAAAAAUCAUGUAUUGAAAGAUUGCAAGUGAUGAAACCGUUAAAAAUGAAAGAUAAUGAAAAAAAAGCUGCGGUAUUAGUGCCACUUUGUUUAUACAAAAAUGAAUUGGGAUUGUUAUAUACACUAAGGUCGUUUAAAUUGAAUACUAAUCGAGGACAAGUGUCAUUUCCUGGUGGGAUACAGGAUGACGACGAUAAAAGUUAUGAAGAAACAGCGAUCCGCGAAACGUGGGAAGAAUUAAAAAUUCCGCGGGAAAAAAUUGAUAUUUGGUCACGAGGUAAUUUCGUCGGAAGAAAUGACGUUGAUGUAAUGCCGGUUGUGGGAUUUAUUGGAGAAAUAGACCCUGGAAGAUUAGAUAUUAAUGUUGAGGAAGUAGAUGAAGCUUUUGUUGUAAGUUUGAAGGAUUUGUGUGACCCUAACAAGUGUCGGUUCACUUAUUUUCGGCAAGGAUAUAUUUUGCCGGCAUACACGGGAGGUAAACAUAGAAUUUGGGGACUUACUGCUGUUAUUACCCAUGUUAUUAUGAAGACUUUGGUUCCUGAUGUUUAUGAUUUUAAACCAUUUCAACUUGUAAAAAUAUCCUAGAAAUUUACGCGGUUGAAACCUUUUUCGAUUUAUUUUAUCGGGACAGAUAAAUAUUGAUAGUUACUUUUAUAUCCAAAGAUGGCGCCAGUGAUUCUGUUUUUGAUGAAAAUUUUAUUUUCGAAGAAAUUGCUAUUUUUUAAACAGGUCCUAAAACAAUCCUAAAAAGGUGUAAGCAGUAAUUGAAAAAAAAAAUAAAUAAAUUCAUUGAAGCCCAUUUCGAAAGGUAAGAAAGUUUUUAAAAUUUUUUCCUUUUUGAUUUUUUUAUAAUUGCUUAAAAACUAUUAGUGAUUUGGAGAAAUGAACCAAGAAUCUAAAAACUAGAAACUUUAAGCUUCAAUUUGCAUUCUUUUCUUUUUUUACAAAAUAGCAGUUUUUUGAAAACCAUCUGAAAACCAGGAUUUUUUCAAUAUCCUUCAAUAUUUGUGACCAGUGUAUAUAUUAUAUAUA